UUUAUAAUAUAAAUUGAGUAUAAAAAUACUUGGCUAUCAAGGUACUGUAAAAUGAACAGGUAUUGUAAAAUGAAUAGGUUCUGUAAAAGGAAUAACCUAUUUCAUUAAAUUUUAAAUAUUGUGUGUAUAUAAAUACGAUCUUUUAUAAUAUAAAUUGAAUGUCCAUAUUGAAUGUUUAAAUAAUUGUUUAGUUUUUCAAAUAAAAUAAUUAUAAAACGAACAUUUAUAAACGAGAGCUUUCGUAAUUUUACUUAUUUAUUUACCAAAAAAUAAAUAUAUGACGUAUUUUGGCGUGCUUGUUAAUUUAUGAAAAACAUGAAAAAAAUAGUGCACGCUUACCGUGCAUUAUCAUUACCCUAGGGGCCACUGGGCAAAGAAAAUUCUAAAAUUAAGACGAAACCAAGCUAAUAUCAAAUAUAAAUACAGUACCUCAAGGCAAAGCAUUUGAACACAUGGAUAAAAUUAGGAAUAUUUAUAUUUUCUAAGAAAUAGAACCUUAGAAGAACAAUAAUUAUGAAUUUUUUAAAUAAUGAUACCUUCUGCAUAUAGAAAGUCAAGUUAUUAUAAAAAUAAAAUAUAUUUUACCUGUAUUUCUCCAACCUGUCUCGGGAGAGGUUACACAGUAAAUAACCUAUUUACUGAAACAGCAGCAUGCAACGAUAUUUGAAUUUAUUUGAGUGGAAGAAGAGGAAUCAUGAGAUUAGUGCCUCCUUUGAUAAAUCCUCGACAAGAAGUUGGAGACAGUGAUGUGGAGAAUUCUGGGAACUUGUUGGAGGAAAGUCAAAUGUUCAAUCCUCCACAAGACGUUGGAGACAGUGAUCUGGGGAUUUCUGGGAACUUGUUGGAAGAAAGUCAAAUGUUCAAUCCUCCACAAGACGUUGGAGACAGUGAUGUGGGGAUUUCUGGGAACUUGUUGGAAGAAAGUCAAAUGUUCAAUCCUCCACAAGAAGUUGGAGACAGUGAUGUGGGGAUUUCUGGGAUCUUGUUGGAGGAAAGUCAAGAGGCUCUCCCUUCUUUGGUUAAUCAUACAGAAGAAGAUGGAGAGAGUGGCCUCCCUCUUUUACCAUUUUUAGACGAAAGUUUUAUAGAUGAAGAAGUUUUAGUCGAUAUCUCCAUUGCAGCUAAUAGCUCUGAAACUUUACCGGCUAAAGAUUUGUACGUCAAGAGGUACAUUGUUAAAUAUGAUGUUUACAUUGACACGUAUUCACAAUCAUUCUGAUGAAUCUGAAGAAGAACAUUAUGCAAUUUUAGUUACUAUGAAUAAGUUAAAAGAACAAAUUCGAGCAUACCCUUAUCAAAGCUAAUGUAAAACAUAUAAUCAAGUUAUGCGUAUUAGAAAAAUAGAUCCCCUUGUUCAACUCCAUCCUAAUGCUCUACCAACAUUUAUAUCUGUGAAAACUAUUAUGAAUCGUGUUAUUAAAUCAUUAAGACCUCCUUUGCCUCUUAUAAAUUCUGAUUACCGAUUAUACGGCAAUUAUAAGUUAAAACUAGAUAAUAAAACAUUUUUAAUUUGUAAUCAAAACAAUGAAUUAUUAAUAUUUUCUACACAUGAACUACUUGAAUGUCUCUGUAAUGCCGACCUAAUUUUUAUGGAUGGUACAUUUUUUUCGUGUCCAUUAUUAUUUAAGAAAUUUUACACUAUUCAUGUAAUGAUUAAUCAUACAAUAAUUCCUUGCGCUUAUAUAUUAUUGCCAAAUAAAACAAAGAAACGUAUCUAAAAAUGUUGAAUCUUUUAAAAAACUAUUGUCGAUCUAUAGGUAUAUUCUUUUCUCCUCCUAAAGCACUUAUAGAUUUUGAAAUGGGAGUACUUACAACACUCGAAGAAAUGUUUCCUACCAUUUCUGCCAAGAGGUGCUACUUUCACUAUUGUCAAUGUAUUUUAAGACGUAUACAGGGUAAUAGGUUGACAGCAUAUAGUUUAUUUAAUCCUGAUUUUAAAAGAUUUUAUUGCAGACUAAUGGUGAUACCCUUCUUAACCAAAAUGGACAUACCAUUGGUAUUUCAGAAUUAAAUCAUGAAGUAGAGGCCUUUAAUUUAGAUCCCAUAAGAGAUCUCUUUACAUACUUUAAAAGUACUUGAUUAACCCAAGCGCUAAAUUUAAAUAUAAGAUGUGGAACAUGUAUGAUGUUCAAGGUGUAAGAACAAAUAACCAUGUUGAGGGAUUUCAUAGUUCUAUAAAAGAGUAUAUAACAUAUUCUCAUCCUAAUUUAUAUCUGUUCAUUGAUAUAUUAAACAAAUACAACAAUAUAUGGACAUUAAAUCCAUUCAAUUGCGUAAUGGGGAAAAAGUUACUGAAAGAAAAAAAAAAUAUAUGUCAUUGAAGAUUCCCAAAAUUGUAUUUGAAGUAAUUAUGAAAAUUAAAGAGGUUAAAGAUAUAUCGCAACAAUUAUCAACACUAAGAAAAUUAGGAAAUAAAAAAACUAAACAUAAUAAAGAUUGUAUGCUAAACUUACUGUUACUCAAUUUAGCAUCACCAUAAAACAUUUAGAAACUUGCAAACCAAUCCAAAUAUCAAAUGUAUGUACUGCAGAAUUCCAAACUAUUAAUCUACAAGGUCCAGUUUUGGAUAACACAAAUAGUCUAAGUAAAUUUUAAUUAUAUUGGUAUAACUAUUUUUUAACAAAGUUAUGAACCAAGAGGUCUUGGAGGAAAUAGAUGCCCAUAACAGAAAUAACAUUCUAUUAUUCAAAACAAUUCUAACAAUCAAAUGGUUCAAUAUAGUUUGAUUAAAUCAAAAUACAACAAAAAUAUUAUCUAUUCUAACAAAUAUUUAAUUCAAUUUAUACAUCAUCAUGCAAAAAAAAAAGAGAUU